CCCGAAUUGCUUCAGAAGCUUGUCUAGGACGAAUUCAACCCUCUCUAUUGUCUCGUUCUUCUGCAUUUGGGUAUUUGACGCCUCGGACGAUUUUCAAUUCUGAAGAAUCCACCAUUUCCUAUUCACAUUGCUACUGCGAAAGAAACCCGCCGUUUUUGCAACUUCGAGCAAGAAUGGAGCAGCAGCACAGGAGCCAGCAUAAAGAUGUGCAAGAACGACGACAAGAUGAUCUUGAGGAAAUCCAACACGGCCCUUUCCCGGUGGAGCAACUCCAGGAAUCUGGAAUAGCAGCCCUUGACAUUAAGAAACUUAAGGAUUCUGGUCUAUAUACUGUGGAAUCAGUCAUGUACGAUCCUAGAAAGGAUCUUGUGCAAAUAAAGGGGAUCAGUGAAGCUAAAGUUGACAAAAUUAUAGAAGCAGGUUUAUCCUUUUCAGUUCUGACCAUAUCCUGCUUCACUCGCUGCUGCAACUAUGCAUAUCAGCAAACUAAUCUUACUAACACCAACCAACAGCUUCAAAAUUGGUGCCCUUGGGGUUCACUAGUGCAAGCCAACUCCAUGCGCAGAGGCUUGAAAUCAUUGAAAAAACAUCUGGAUCAAAAGAACUUGACAAGACGCCUUUUGGAUGUGAAUGAGAGAAUGACAUUCUUCUUGCUCCUCUAUUACGAUGAAUAUCACAAAAGCCAAUUCUCCUGCAUAUCACAAUGGCCAGUUCUCCUUAAGCUGUACGGUGAUUUCCUCUUGUCCAGCAUUCAUACCUUCCCGGUGAAAUAGGCAUAAUUUUUGCGUGUCCCCUAGCAAUGGAUUACAAUACUUGGGCGAUUCGAAUUGUUAGCAUAAUCAACCCCCGAUUUCCAGAUUCUUGGCGGUGCGUAUCAAAUGUGCAGAUUUCCCGGUAUGAUUGAUACGUUUUUUCUGAUUCCUCGUCUUGUAUUUAUGGAUCCUUCCCUUAAUAAUCCCCGGCCAAUUAUUUCAGUAUGCACGUUGGGCUAUUUAUAUUCGAUUUUGGAGAUGGAAUGAGGCACCAUCUCCAAGAUUCCUCCUAGGUAUAAUCUUAUGACUUCUUUGGCUUGUUCUUCUCUUUGUUGUUUGUUUCUAUUACUGAAAGAAGGGUCAUUUCUCACCUACAGGUAGGGCUGAUCCUGCAAUAGUUUGGAAAAUCAUUCUUCAGGUAAUUUAAAUUACACGUAUUCAAGUCAAAAAAUUUGAAGGGCCAAGUAGGAAGAGUAGCACACUGAACGGGUUGUGUGAAAAUAUUGUAUUGCCUGAGCGCAUUAUCAAUGUCGGCAAGGAUAGAGAAACAAAAGUUGAAGUGGCAAGCCGAAAACGGCUGACAUUUGAUGAGAGUGAUGCAGAGCAUGAAAAAGUUGUCCAUGUACCCCCUAGAGAAGAAACAUCUCUUCAGAACUCAGCCAAAAAACCAAAAAAGGACGGGUUGAAAUGGGCCACGCGGGAUUCAGAUUCCACUAGACGACCUCUAUUUCCCAUGCUAAACCCCACUAACAAUGGUAAAUGCACUGCUGCUGAUUCUUUUAAGCAUGGUGCUCCAAAUUUUGCCCUUCGGUAAUGUCGAACUUGGAGGAUUUUAUUUAAAAUGAAGUGAAGUAAAUUAUGUUUGAUAUUUUGUAAAGAAGCUGCUUGUGAUGCAAGUAAGUAUAAUUAAAAAUUACUA